UCCAGCACGGACAACGACGAAAGCAUAGCCUCGAUAGACGACGAUGACAAAAUUAAGCGGCUGCUGUACGCGUUUCCCGAGUGCGACCGUAAGGCAAUACAGAAGAUUCCGGCCGCCUCCAAUCCGGAGGACCUGUCGUUGAUGGCCCGUCUCUGGCAGGCCGGGUAUUUCAAGGGCGAACAUCACCUCGAGGAGAUUAUGUACUUUGAAAAUCUCCGACGAUCCCAGUUGCUUCAGUUGGUGGAUAAAUUCCGGGACGUUCUGAUAAUCUACGAAACGGAAGAUCCGGCCAUUGCCAGUUUGUACACUGUGCCGCAGUAGGCCGGUGAAUAGAACACGAAUAAAAAGCCUCCGAAAAUCAA